ACACACGCGUAGCUGUAGAUUUCGAUAUCUCACCUCAUUCUCACUCCUCGAUAUAUACAAAGAAAAGUCAUAUAUUUUCCUUAUAAAUGGCUAAGUGGGGACAAGGAGAUCCUCGAUGGAUUGUGGAGGAACGAGCAGAUGCUACAAACGUCAAUAAUUGGCAUUGGACAGAAAGAGAUGCAUCAAAGUGGUCAAAAGAGAAAUUGACUGAACUAUUAACAAAUAUCAAGGUGGAAGAUGAAAGGGGUCAGUGUGAGAUUUAUGAAGUGAAGGAGAUGAAUGGUGAAGCCUCUGCCAGCAAUCGGAAGGCAAAACUGAUCUUCUUUUAUGAAUGGGAUGUUAAGUUGAAAUGGAAAGGUACUCUGAAGGAUUGCACCACUGAAUUAGAAGGGACCAUCUCGAUGCCAAAUCUCAGUGAUGAAAAUGGAGUUGAUGAUGUUAAUAUUGACAUUUCAACAAACACUGCAACACCAGAAUCAAACACACUGAGAGAGGUUAUGAAGAGCAAAGGAAUCCCAGUCCUUCGACAGAAAAUAGGAGACUACACAAAGGCACUGAAAAAAGAAUUCAGUCAAGGGAUGAUCCUACCAUCGAAAGCCCAGGACAGCUCACCAGUCAAUACCAUUGAUGCCAAGAAAUCAUCAUUACCAGAGCCGAUACCAGUAAAGAAAACAGACAAUGACACAAGUGCAUCACAGAUGAAAGGGCUCAACCUAGGGGUUAAAAUAGAUACACGUAAACUGGAAUUAUCAGAAGAAUUCAAAUGUGAAUCUGCUAUGCUCUAUUUGGCAUUCACUGAAGUAGAUCGGUUGCAAGCCUUCACUCAAGCCAAAGCUACAUUGAACGCCGAAGCUGGAGGAAAAUUCACCAUGUUAGAUGGCAACAUCUCGGGAGAGUUUGUUUCAUUAGAACCCCAUUCCAAGAUUGUCAUGAAAUGGAGAUUCAAGUCAUGGGAUGAAGGACACCACUCGCUGGUGACGCUACAGUUCAAUCAGAAAGCCGACUGCACUGAACUCCUGCUCACUCAAAAGGGCAUUCCCAAAGCAGACUAUGAGCGCACAAGGCACGGCUGGCAUACCGUCUUCUUCCAGAGGAUAAAAGGCACCUUUGGUUAUGGCGCCUCGCUCUUCUGACGUCAGAGCGGUGGCUGGACACUUGCGGAUGCUUUUUCAUGGCGAACAUUGAGUACAGUGCCCCUGUGUGUUCUAGCCCUGUUCCUCUUUAAGAGAUAUGCCCUUGAUCCUCGACGAUGAGCUAAUUCUGUGCCAUGAUGAAGAUCGCUUCAAAAACAUUUGGAUCGUGGAGGAUGAUUGUCCCAUUUUUACCCUGUAAAUCUUUGCCUGGAUUAUGCAAGUGCUGUCGUACAAAUUGUGAUUUUGAUUGGACAGCUGUGCUUAUUUAUAUAAAAACUAUUGAAUUUGCUAGUGUCAUUAUUUCUACUGUAUUAUGUGCACAUAAAAAUGCCAUUUUGUUUCUUAACAAAGUAGAGAUCCUCAUUGAUUCAUUUUCUUUGGGACUGAACUUGAAUUGUGAAUGUUGUGACUGUGAAGAAAAAAGGGGCCAAUGCAGUUGUCAAGAGUGAUUUUUUUUAAUAACAAAAAAUUAUGGAAUUGCCGAUAACUUUGUCUCCAUUAACAGUGCUAUACAUGAACAUGAGAUAUGAAUUGGCAAUGCAAGAUGCAAUUUCUAGUCAGAAAUAUGUAAAGUAGAUGUUUGUUAUUCCUCAUUCAGUGUGUGAAUAAGUUUAAUUUGAUGAUUAA